AUUAAGAGUCGGCUUAGUUUCGACCUCACUGAGUGUUCGGACGGCGAGCUCCGGGCUCUUUUCCUAGAGGAUCCACACCUGGCAGAAGAGAGAUAUACCCAUCCUGCCUUGUAUCUUCUGCCAUUCUUUUGCUUGCCUCUCACAUUACUCUCGGCGGCCCUUACUAUUCGGUCCCAUGCACUUCGUCGAGAGGGUGGCUCUUUAAGGUCCACUGGUGAUUCGAACGACAUUCUAUUACGUGAAUUGGCGGUCGGUUGGCUCGACCCGUGGUUGAUAUUCGUAUUGCUUGCUAAUGCAGUCCAAACCCUUGCUGCAUUACAGUGUAUUCAGAAAGCUGAUAAGACGGCAGAUGUCUAUUGGAGGCUGUCUCUUCUAGGCGUUGGUGCUGGUAUGGCAUGGCUCACCCUUCUGCGUUACCUCAAGUUCUUCCCUACUUACUAUGUCCUCAUUCGGACACUGGCUCGAGCGUUCCCUCGUCUACUGAGAUUCCUCUCCGGCCUGGUGCCUUUGCUAUUGGCAUACGCACUGUGUGGAACUUGUGUAUUCUGGCCCAGCAGCAACUUCGCCUCUUUAUCCGACGCUCUCAUGGGCAUGUUUUCUCUUCUCAAUG